AUGCUUGAUGUUCCAACACGAUGGAAUUCAACCUAUGAUAUGUUGUGCAUGGAUUUAAAGUUCAAAGAUGCUUUCCCAAGGUAUGUAGAGUAUGAACCACAUUUUCAUCACUUGCCAACUGACGAAGAUUGGGAAAAUGUUCAAAGCGUAUGUGAAAUGUUGAAGGUUUUUAAGCAAACUCUUGAUAAAGGUUCAUUAUCUGCAAAUGAUUUUAUUCGUGAUAUGGUGAAGAAAAUGAAGGAAAAGUUUGACAAGUAUUGGGACGAGAACAUUAAAGAAGUGAAGAAUACACUUUAUGAAAUGUAUUCAAAGUAUUUAGAGAUGCAUGAUACAUUAGUUAGGGAAUCUGCAGCACAUGGAAGCGAACAUGAAAGAAAUGUUUUAGGGUGUAAUGAAGGUACAUCACUUGGAUCUGGAUGGGAGGUGUUUGGAGAGUUCAUAAAGACUGUAGAUUUGGAGAGACCAGAAAAUUCAGAGCUUGAUAUGUAUUUAGAAGAAGGUGUUUAUAGGGAGAAAGGACAAAGAGGAAUGGAAUCAUUUAAUGCUUUAGAGUGGUGGAAUGUGCAUAAGUUAAAGUGUCGUGUUUUGUCAUUGAUGGCUAGAGAUGUACUUGCAAUCCCGAUUUCUAUUGUUGCAUCUGAAGCAACUUUUAGUGUUGGGGGUAGAGUUAUUGAUCCAUAUCGAGCUUCAUUGGGGUCCAACACGGUACAAAUGUUGAUUUGCGUAGGAGAUUGGAUUAGGCAAGUUCAUGGAGUCAAGAAAAAAUUAAAGAAGGAGGAGUUUCCUAUUGAAGUUUUACUGCCUAAGGUGAACACAAAGUAA